GGCUUUCGUAGGACAAUCACACUAAGUACGAAACAGAGUUACACCUGAUUUCCCACAAAAAAGACAUCCAUUCGACCAGCUCACACCCGAAGUAUCCAAGCGGGGAAGAAUGGGGCGCGACGACCCGGUGACGUAUGCUGGCUGGGUGUUCAAGGAGGGCAGUCUCGUGCGCUCGUGGAAGAAGCGCUUCCUCGUAUGCAAGCGUGCAGAGCUGGCCUACUACAAGAAUACGGACGAGGAGAACCAUGCGCAACUUUUGGGCGCUCUGACUGCUGCGCACAUCGAGCGCCUGCCGGACAUCACAAACGGGCUGCUGAUCCACGGUACAGAAGGACGUCAACUCAAGAUCUUCACAGACACUAAGCAGGAAUGUGAUCGCUGCUACGAGGCGAUUAUCAAAUAUUGCAGGAUGCAAAACCCCGGAGACGAUGCGCAGCAACGCGUGGGCUGGCUUGAGAAGGAAGGCCAGCACUUCCGCACUUGGAAGAAGCGCUACUUCGUGCUUAGUGGCACGCAGUUGACAUACUCAGCCACUAUGGGGGCUGAAAGAUUGGGCGGUGGUAGAGUUAUCGGAGCCAGAAGAGACCCCACUAGACCCUUCACAUUGGCUGUGACGUUCGAAGGAGGACGAGAGAUGCGAGUUGGCGGCAAGUCUGAAGUGGAUAUUGACGACUGGCACAAGGCACUACGACGUGGACUGCUGUAUGCCCAAGAGCAGCGGAAGAGCCAACAAGGACGACCCUCGCUUGACGAUGAUCCGAGAAACGUCAGGGAGAGGGAGUUUGCGAAACGACAGGCGAACGCGAGUGCCGCUAGUGCGACCAGCACCGAAGUGACGGACGAAGAGGCGAGUUCGCUGUUUGGUGCGGCUCCUAUUGGUGUGGAUGACGCUCCACCGUCCUAUGAGAGUAUUUCGGCGCACAAUGACGAACGUAAAACGGAGGCAGACAAGCCUGAGGACGGCGAGUUUAAAGAGAGCAACCCGCCGGAACUGUACGCUGCUAGCUCCUUCCGACGCCACAUUGUGGUGGAAACUAUGCCCGACAACACGGCCAGCUUCGUCGAGGUCGCGGAGGAGCGCGAGAGCGAGGACAAUAAUGAAAAACCGUACUCGCCCACGGCGCCGGGCACCAGCACGAUCCGCCGCAUGCGACUGGCUGAAAAGCUGUUGCAAGAAGAGCUGGAAGAAGAGCGUCGGGAAGCUAUGAUGAAGGAGAACACGAUACUCAUGCGCCCGCCCAGCAAGUCAGACGCUGAAAACCCCAAAGCUGCCUGCUGCUGCGUCGUCAUGUAGGACGAGUCGAGAAUUGAUGCGGGGUCAGCUCGCGAAUGCAUGGAAUAUAUAAACGCAAGUCUUCGUUCGUUGCUUCGUUGAUUGUUGUUGUGGCUGCUGCUCAGCAGCCUGGGACAGCGGCGCCGCAAAAGUGUAUAUACCGACGACGUGUAUACGUUGAAGCUGCCAUAGCAUAACAGCCGAUUCCUUUUUCAUAUCAUGAGGUGGCGUUUUCCUGAUAUUUGUGUUAAGAGCGACUGAACCCACCCAGGGUUUGUAUUGAUGUUUGUAAGCUAAUGUGAAGACCGAAUAUUUCGAAUGCUGGA